UUCCCAUGACAUUACAUCUUAAGUUGGAAUAAUUGCCCCGUUUGAAUCAUUGCCAUUAAAUUUUCCUUCAGAGAAUCUUGUUAAACUUGUUAUGCAAGACAACAAAGUUAAACAUUGGAAUGGUGUUCAGAAUCUUGUAAAUUUGAAUUAUGUUGAUCUCAGUUUCUCCAAACACAUGACAGAGAUUCCAAAUCUCUCAAGGGCCUCAAAUCUUCAGUAUUUGAUUUUAAAUGGUUGUUCAAGUUUGUUGGAGAUCACUCCCUCUUCUAUUCAAAAUCUCAAUAAGCUUGUUGAGCUGGAUCUAAGGAAUUGCAUAAGGCUUAUUAGUCUACCGGAUGGCAUUCAAUCAAAAUCUAUUAAUCUCUACCGUUGCUAUACUCUGGAGAUAGCUCCAAAGAUCUCAUGUAAGGUGGAAAAUCUAUAUUUAAGUGGUACUGCAAUAAAAGAAUCACUCUUCGUCGAACAUCCAUCUAGACUAGUUCAAUUGGAUCUUUCACACUGUUCAUCGCUUGAGAGUCUCUCAAGCAGCAUUUGUAAGUUGAAAUAUCUCGAAGUGCUUAAGCUUUUCAGACGCUCCAAAUUGAAAAGAUUACCCCAUGACUUUGGAGAUUUAGAAGCUUCGGAGUUUCUCGAUUCUAAAGCAACAAUCAUAGAAGAAGUACCAUCAUCCAUCUUACACUUGCCAAAACUUUGUAAAUUAGAACUAUGUCGAGUUGAUGAUGAACCGACACCCUUGAAUUGGGUAUUGAAUUCUUCGUCAGGUUCAAACUCUAUCGAAUGGAUUGAUUUUUCAAACUUUCAAAUGACCAAAUUACCUGACAAUCUUGGACAAUUAUCCUUUCUAGAAGACUUAUAUCUAUCUGGAAAUAAUUUUAAGAGCAUGCCAGAAAACAUCAAAGGGCUUUCUAAAUUGAAAUUUCUAGACAUAAGUAACUCUCGGAGACUUCAACUUUUGCCAGAGCUUCCAAUGGGUGUAGGUGUGAUGGCAAAUGACAGCUCAUCCUUGCAAUCAAUAUCGGAUCCAUUAUUUCUAUUGUUACCUCAUUGGAGACGACGAAAAACAAGUUUUAUUCAUUGUUUUAAAUUGGAUUUAUCUAAAAUUCUUCAUGAGGAAUCUUGUCGAGAAUUUUGUGCUAAUAUCUGUUUCCCUGGAGAUGAAAUUCCAAAGUGGUUUACCUUUCAAAAUACGGGAUCUUAUAUAACUCUUGAUCAGUCACUAGAUUGGCAUAAUAAAAACUUUCUAGGUUUUCUUGCAUCUAUUGUUGUUUCUCCAGGUUUUUACUGUGGUAUUCAUUUUUACGUUGUUACCUGUUAUUGCUCGGUCAAAAGUGAAGAUGGUGAGGAGCAAAUUUAUAUAACUGAACAUGAACUAUAGGUGUCAACAAAUCGUCUACUGGGCGAACCUGUCGGAUCAUGUAUUAUUUAGUUCAUUCUAUAACGGAAUUUGUGUUUAAAGAGCACAAAUAUAUCAUGAUAGAAUUUGUUAUGAGAUGAGAUGCCAUCAAAUUGUAAAGUGCUCAUCAAAUUUAAUGCUUACGAAGAGAGGUGAAAAAGUGUGGGAUUAAAUUCUUGUACGUUGAAGAUUAGGAGAACCAUUGGAAAUAUCCAGAAGAAGUGUUGACAAUGCUAAAAGAAAGGAAAGAGAAGGCCAAAGAUGAUCUACAAACCAAAAAUUGCAAAUUUCAAAUCCCUUUGAUGGUAAUGC